GCGUAUUGUCAUGCGUAUUAGGUUUGGUCAUAGUGUCAUAGUCAUACACAUUGUUGAUGCUGUGGUUGAUGCGUAUCGUCAGGACCGACGGUACGCACUGAUGGUCCCGGCCGGACCCGGCCUUACCUGCUUGCUUUCAAGAAAUUUGUCCUUUAUUUUGUAGAGCCAUGGUCACCUAGUUAGAAAAAUACAAGUUUGAAUGAAAUACGCUCUCAUACGGACCGGUUUUUGCACCAUGGUGCACACUGCACAGUCUACAGUGGUAAUAAUGUCGUCUAAAAUACAAAGAAAUUUAAAAAAUACUAACAUCCCCUUCGUAGACAAUAGAGAAAUUAAUGUAGAAAAAAGAAUAGAUCUCUGUAGCUGUGGGACGUGGAAUCUAAGGACGUGUAUGAAAUAUAUCUGUGGAAAUAUAAUAAGAUGGCAUUAUUUACUCUGUGCCUUUGAUAUUUUUUUUUACGAAAACUUGUCACUGUCAAAAUAUAUUUAACUGUCAGUAGUGCGAAUAAAAAUCAAUACGUUUUGAAUUAUAUCUAGUGAAAAAAAUGCCUAUAAAUGUAAGAAAUAUCAAUUAAUUACUAGAGUUUAACCUGAUUAAACUCAACAAAGAAUUGCAUUCGUUAAAUCUGGAAUUUCUCCGUGAUCAACCGACCGCAAGAUAAGUUUCUAAAAUGUCGGGCGACCACAAAACAUUGAUAAAGGGGAGCCCAUCCCAAUAUGUUAAAUUAAACGUGGGAGGAACUUUAUUCUACACCACUAUUGGAACAUUAACUAAAAGUGAUAAUAUGCUAAGGACGAUGUUCAGCGGUAGAAUGGAAGUCUUAACAGACUCUGAAGGAUGGAUAUUGAUUGAUCGGUGUGGCAAACAUUUUGGCACAAUUCUGAAUUAUUUGAGAGAUGGCACAGUUGCAUUGCCAGACAGCUAUCGUGAAAUAAUGGAGUUGCUUGCUGAAGCAAAGUACUUUCUAAUUGAAGAAUUAACUGAUUCCUGCCAACAGGCAUUGGCUAAAAAAGAAAGAGAGGCCGAACCUAUCUGCAGAGUUCCCCUAAUUACAUCUCAAAAAGAAGAACAAUUGCUUAUAAUGUCAACUUCAAAGCCUGUUGUUAAGCUGCUCAUAAAUAGACACAACAACAAGUAUUCAUACACCAGCACUUCAGAUGACAAUCUAUUGAAAAAUAUAGAGCUGUUUGAUAAGUUGUCUCUCAGAUUCAGUGGAAGAGUUCUGUUUAUCAAAGAUGUCAUUGGCUCUAAUGAAAUAUGUUGCUGGUCAUUUUUUGGACACGGUAAAAAAUGUGCAGAGGUCUGUUGCACUUCUAUAGUCUAUGCAACAGAUAAAAAACACACAAAAGUGGAAUUUCCUGAAGCCAGAAUAUACGAAGAGACUCUUGGAAUAUUGUUAUAUGAGAGCAGAAAUGGUCCAGAUCAAGAUUUGAUACAAGCUACGUCAUCUCGUGGCGCUGUUGGUGGCCUAUCUUGCACAAGUGACGAGGAAGAAGAACGCUCAGGACUCGCACGACUCAGGUCAAAUAAGCAGAAUAACCAAUCUUAGCAGUUACAGAAUGGUUUGGCUCGCCUGAGGAGCUCCAAAAGGACAAAUGUCUGAUACCUGGCUGGUUGCUUCCUGACAUCAUGGAUACCAUGCUUCGGUAUCUAAAUUUGGCCAUUGUAGGCUUUUUCAAGUCUGUACUUCCUGUAGCACCUUGAUGACUGCAGUGGAAUGAAAAAAUGAGCAUUUAUAGUUGAAAACUUUGGUGAAAUUUCCAUGAACUACUUUAGCAUCCUUAUAUCCAAUGUGAAUAGUGUAUAUUGUAGUUGGUGUAUAAGGUCUGAAUGUUGAUGUACAUAUCUAAAAUAAAUAUGUUUUUGAAAUCAUACAAUUGCAACUUUUCCUAUGUGAACAGUAUUUGAUAAAUCAAAUUUGUAUGUUUCUAAUGACGAUUCUAGCUGUUGUAGUGUUGAGUGUCCUUUAUGAUAAAUUAUAAUCUAUAAGGCUAUAAAAAUAUAACAGUAUUCAAUUGAUGUUCCCAAUAUUGUGAAAUUGUUAAUGUGAGAAAUAAAUGUCUUUUUUAGCUUAUUAAACAUAUACUUAUCUAAAAAUAUUUAAAUUUAUGUAAAAUAUAAUCUAGGUUAUAAAAGGUUGCUUUGUUCUAUUAAAUAAAUGGAUGUGUACUUUGUAAACUAUUUAAUUGGAUGUCUUUAAAACAUCAUACAUGGCGUAUAGUCAAAUAAAUUAUAUGUGAGAAUUAAUAUAUGUUUAUAGGUUUAUAAAUGUACUCAGAACUAUAGAUAUUCCAUGAUAAUUUCAGGAUAUCUUGUAAAUACAAGUGUAUAAGUAAUUUAAUUUUACUUAUAACGGCACAACUAUCCCAUAAAUGUUAUUAUCACAUAUGAGGCUCAAGGAAAUUGCCAAAUUGAUGUUUCGUAAUAAUAUGCAUUGAUGUUUUUAAUUUAUAAAAAUGCUCAGGCACCAAGUUCUUAAGGAUUGUCUAGUAUUUGUAACCAAGUGGGCAUAUAAAUUACCAGACUUGUCAUUCAAAAUAAUGAUUAAAAUAGGAAAUAUUUGAUAUUCAUACAAUAUAUACCAUCAGACUUGUACUGGAAUAUCACUUAAUUUACUGCCAUUUUGUGUUAUAAUAUGUAAAUGAUUUCUUUAUGAGAAUUUGUAGUUCUUAAUCAACCAGAUCAUGAAUGUAUAAGAUUUCAGUUGGUUAUAUGUGUAAUUAAUUAAUAAAUUGCUGGAACUUUGGACUAUUAUGAUUAUUCAUAAUACAAUACAUAAUAAUGUAUAUUUAAUCACUUAUUUUUGAAUUCGUGGAAACACUAAUGUUUUAAAUUAUCUUAUGAAAUAUAUGCUCACUUUUGAUGUCACUUA